UUUUUGAUGUUGUUUUAGCAACGUAAUUGACCAGCCGUCUCUGAAAACCCAUUCAAGUGAUGGAUGAACAAAUGGUCAUAGAAAGGACGGGAGAUCAAGGCGUAACAGUCGCCCCUCCAAGGCGAUCUUUAGCUGAGCUGCUGCUAGUAAAUGUGUACUAGUUGAUUUAAUCUAAAUCCGAAGGUUGCAGGGUGGUAGGUUAUGUCAGUUUUCAAGCUGUGAAGUUUAUUCUACCAGAUAAACAGUGUGGACCCUCCUAUUUGAGCUAUGUCAAAUAUGACAGAUGACGACUACCAUAAUACUUACUGGCCCCAACUACGAGGGGCAGUUGAUAGGUUAUUGCAAGGGCCUCCUCCCGCACCACACUCAGGACCAGUCAUUCAGUUUGAGCCUAUGUACUCUGCAGCCUACAAAUGUGUGUGUCAACAGUAUUCCGAGUCUCUCUAUAAAGACCUUACGUCUCAUAUCCACAAGCAUUUUUUAAAGAUUGCGUUAGAUAUGCGGGAUUUCGACGAUGAGCAGCUCAUUAUUAGUUAUUACAACUUACUCAAUCGUAUCAUUUAUAGUUUAGAUGGCAUUAUUCCGAUUUUCACAUACCUGAAUAGGAUUUACGUAGCAACCAAGUUGGGUUCUAAUCUUCGAGCGGAACUCCAGAGUUUAUUUUGUAUAGAUGUUUUAGACCCAGUGAUUGAAAGAUUAUUAGCUGUUAUAAGGCAUACAACAGAAGAGAGACCUUUCCAUAUAGCUCCUCAUGUAAUUGCAGCACUCAUCAAAAAUAUUCAUAAGUUUAAUCCAGAAUAUUCUAAGAAAUAUCCUCAGGCAUUCGUUGGCUUCAUUCCUGGUAUCCUACCUCCCAUGCGUGAGCAUGAAUUAUCCAGUUACAUCUGUGAAACUCAAGAGCUACAGGCUUCCUUACGACAGACUUGGGCUAAUACAAGCACUCAAGGUAGAAAAAGGCAUUUGGAUGAAGAAAUGUCUACUUAGAGCAAUACCACCAAUUAUUCCAAGUAUGAAGUGCAAUUUUAUCAUAUCUAGAUUUAUAUUAUUGAUGUUUAAAUAAAGAUUCCAUAUUUUUA